AUGUUGAAUUGUCAAUACUCUGAACCGAGAGACAAAAGAGGGACAACUCUGUAGACUUCUCGAAACAGCGAGUCUUUACCUCGCUUCACUAAACUGCCGGUAUAACGUUAAGAAAGCAACGUUACAACGGGGAAGACGUUGGGUGGAUGAAGCAAAUUGAAGUUCCCAACGCACUUUGCAGACUGCCAUCUCAACUUUAGCUGCAAAAGGAAAGGAAUCUGGAAAAAGAUACCCAAAGGCAUUGAAGGAGGACAGAAAAGUUCACUGGAGUUUUUUUUGAGCCAUUUUUGAGCCCCAGUUGUUGGAAGACUUUUUGGACUCAAUGGAAAAGUCUGAGACUUGAUUUUUGCCACUGGCCAUUUUGAAUGUAUAAAUGCAGCACUCUGACUAAAAAAAGACACUUGGGGAAAAAAACAAACAAGAAAAUUCAGGAUUUCAAUUACAUCAAGGAUAAGGGGACUCUGAGACAAACAUUUUGAAUGAAAAAUAAGAGUUUAUGUUUUGGUCACAUAUUUGAUUUAUUUAUUCAUAUGAAUGUUAAUUUCUCCCUUUUUUGGAGAGUCGUCUUGUAAAUAGACAGAAUUAUUACGCAGACCUCUUCUUUUCAAGAGGUUUGCAUGUUGGAUUGUGUACACAAUACAUUCUUUAUAAACGAAAGAUAGGAGAAAAGUUUUUUUUUUUGAGUGUUUAGGUGUUUUUUUUCUACACGGGUGCAUUAAACAGAUCAGUGAGAAAGAAUCAAAGGAACAUUACUUACUCACUGUAACUUGUCAAACUGUUGAACUCAUGGCUACAGCAAGAACUGCAAACCCAGCACCAAUGAUUGGACUGAAUAAACCAGCAAAUGGGCAGCUCAGAGGACAGACCAAGCCACCUGGCCAACAGUUGGGACCCCUUUCAACUGCCCAACUGCCCAAUGCCCCUCAGAAUAAGAGCAGCAUUCCUCAGAGCAGUGGGGGCAUCAAGUUUGGUGAUGACUGGAAAAAGUGCCUGGAGCUUCCUCCAAAAGACAACAGAAUGAGAACCUCGGAUGUCACAUCAACGAAGGGAAAUGAAUUUGAAGACUACUGUCUAAAGCGAGAACUUCUAAUGGGAAUCUUUGAAAUGGGAUGGGAGAAACCCUCCCCUAUUCAGGAGGAAAGCAUCCCCAUCGCUCUCUCAGGCAGAGAUAUUUUGGCUCGGGCAAAGAACGGCACAGGAAAAAGUGGAGCCUACCUCAUCCCUCUCUUGGAGAGGAUAGACACGAAGAAGGAUCACAUUCAGGCCAUAGUAAUGGUUCCCACAAGAGAAUUGGCCCUGCAGAUGAGCCAGAUCAGCAUUCAGCUCAGCAAGCACCUUGGAGGGGUCAAAGUCAUGGUUACCACUGGGGGCACCAACUUGAGGGAUGACAUCAUGCGUCUUGAUGAGAUAGUGCAUGUAGUGAUUGCUACACCUGGCAGGAUACUGGACCUGCUGAAGAAGGGUGUGGCAAAAAUGGAUAAGACACAAAUGAUGGUGAUGGAUGAGGCGGAUAAGCUUCUGUCUCAGGAUUUUGUGGUGCUGAUUGAAGAUAUUAUCAGCUUCUUACCAAAGGAACGUCAGAUUCUGCUUUACUCUGCCACUUUUCCCAUCAGUGUGCAAAAAUUCAUGAGCAAGCACCUUCAGAAGCCUUAUGAAAUCAACCUGAUGGAGGAACUGACCUUGAAAGGCAUCACUCAGUACUACGCGUAUGUGACUGAAAGACAGAAGGUCCACUGUCUCAACACACUCUUCUCCAGGCUUCAGAUCAAUCAGUCAAUCAUCUUCUGUAACUCAACCCAGAGGGUUGAACUUCUGGCUAAGAAAAUAACCCAACUGGGCUAUUCGUGCUUCUACAUUCAUGCAAAGAUGAUGCAGGAGUACAGGAACCGUGUGUUCCAUGACUUCAGGAAUGGAUUGUGCAGGAACCUGGUCUGCACAGACCUGUUCACUCGGGGAAUCGACAUCCAGGCAGUAAAUGUGGUCAUCAACUUUGACUUUCCCAAAAAUGCAGAGACCUACCUUCACCGCAUUGGCAGAUCAGGGCGUUUUGGUCAUCUGGGUCUGGCCAUCAAUCUGAUAACUUCAGAGGACCGCUACAACCUGAAGAACAUUGAGGACCAGCUGAUUACUGACAUCAAGCCCAUUCCCAGCAGCAUUGACAAGAGCCUGUAUGUGGCAGAGUUUCACUCUGUUGACCCAGAUGAUGAUGACUGCAGUGGAUCCAAAAACAAAGAACUGGGAGCAGCCUGAAUAAAGGGCAAAACAUGGCGUCUGGCAUUGAUCACACAGUUUUGGCUGCAUCACACAAGAUUCCAAGUGAAGAUUUCUGUUCCCCAGUUUGCAACUAAAAUGGUCUAUUUAUUACUUUCACUUCCAGUUUGAGUUGACAAUAAGCUCCAUUCCUGGCUGUGCACACUCUGGGAAACUGGUACCUUCACCUGUGACACUGUAGCAUGUGAUUUGGGCUGUUGCUUAAGUCUGUCAUUGAACUCAGCCACUCUACAAUAGAUGGAAAUUAUAACUAUUUUAGUGUACUGAUGUAAGUGAAAUGUGAAACCAAAGGUGGACUUAAAUGAUAGAGCCCAGCUCACAUCUCACUGACAUGCCUUCUGGGCAGAUUGUUUAAAUAGGCUCUCUGUUUUUGUAACUUAGACUCAGUGGUCACUUUUACUAUUGAGUAGGCCUCCCAGAAUAGCCGGAAUUUGUCAUGAAAUGGUUUCAUAAUGCUGGAAAUAUUCCUUAGACAGGUUCAUGUUGACAUGAUACCCUCACACAAAGUCACUUGUAUCACAUUUCUCCCCCAUUCUGGUCUAAAAACCGAACUUCUUGACCAUGUCUACAUGCUUUAUGCAGCCAUGUUUGGCUGAUUUGAAUAUCUGUAUUACUGAGCAGGUGUACCUAAUUAUAGAGUGGCCACUGAGUAAUUAGUUAUGCAGCUUUGGACCGAAAUUAUUUGUAUUAGAGAAAUGAGAGGGAACCAAAUUGGGAAGAGAAGACAAAGAAUUACAGAAAUUGGGAUGUAGAUGGCCUCAGAAACCAAAAUGAGCACUUUGCUCUGUUGGAUGUUUGAAAGAGGGGCUGCUAUGCUGCUCCAUUACAGAGCACCUGAAACUGUGAUGUUUGUGAUUCAUUUUUUUUAUACCCAAAUGUUUACUGCAGUGUAGUGUCUGUGACACUGUAACACAUUUUGUCAAAGCACAGACCCAAUAAUGAGAAUAAGUUUGUAUUGUGAAAUAUCCUUGAUCCCUUUUUAAAGCCAUAGCACAAGGCAGCAUUUUCUCAGGUUAUCAGUAGUUAUGUAAAUGUGACUGCUUGAGGGGCUUUAGUUGACAUUUUGUUGAAACCGGCCAACUUUUUCAUCCUUAUGAAAUUUUUUUUUGUCCCUUCUCCCCCCAAAAGUGCCUUUAGUCUAACGCCAAACCUCUACUUUGUGCUGGGGCUGGAAUUUUGAAAAUGGCACUUUCACUCUGAAAAAGCCUGCAGGUUUUCUUACCUAUAACACACAGACCAACUACAAAUGUUGUUUAAUGUAUUGCAACUGUGGACUCAUUGACUUCAGUACAAUUUUACAAAAAAUGUCUAAGAUCCAAAACAUUAACAUACUGGGUAUUUUCAAGUGUGUCUACUCCUGCAGAUAAGUAUUGUCUCUUUGAUUUGCCAUUACAUUACUGCCAAGCACCAGCAGGGAAGGUAUGUUUUUGCGCCCUAUUCUAAAGCAGCUGAAGUAAUAAUUGGACCCCACACCCCUCCUUCUAUCACUACAUUCUGGACAAAUUAAAACAUUCAUGGCUUGAUGACCACAUGUUUUGUUAAGUUGGGAGAGAAAGAAACAAGAACUUAUUUUCUGUUAAAUGUGUUGAUGCCAACGCCUCAAACAAAAUAAAGUCCAACUGACUUGA